UGGUGUACCAUUCAGGGACUUUAAAUCCUCCUGUUAUCCUGAUCUCCUGGUAUCUCGCUGACUUAAAACCCUUCCCCCUUCAUCUCUCUCUCCUCUUCCUCCUCGUCUUCAUCAAGGCGAAAGCGCUGCAGAGAGCAUGUCAGCUCCAGGUCCAGAUGCUGCAGCUCCUGCAGGAGCUCCCGGGGCUCCUGGCGCACCCGGAGCAGAUGGAGCACCGGGCACAGGCCCUCCUCCACCUCCUCCCAACACCUCAAGCAAUCGUCGACUACAGCAGACACAGGCUCAGGUGGAAGAGGUUGUUGAUAUUAUGCGUGUGAAUGUGGAUAAAGUCUUGGAGCGGGACCAGAAACUGUCCGAGCUGGACGACAGGGCUGAUGCAUUGCAGGCUGGAGCCUCUCAGUUCGAGAGCUGUGCUGCCAAGCUGAAGAACAAAUACUGGUGGAAGAACUGUAAGAUGAUGAUAAUGAUGGGUAUUAUUGGAGUCAUAGUGGUUGGAAUAAUCUUCUUGUAUUUCUUCUCAUGAGCUCACCCAGCUGACAGAGAUAUGAAAACCAGUUUCAAGGAGACAGAAGAACAACCAAAACAUAAUGAAAAGCCCACUCAUAAGUCCAUGCCUUUUCAUGUUCCCUCUCUUUUUACUAUCAAGGCCUCCUAUUCCAGACAUCUGCUACUUACUCAGUGUGACAGCAGUAAUCAGAUUCACAAGCUUCCUGCUCUCACAUAAUCUGCUAUGCUCUUUACUCAUUCAUUCUGAUUUCCUGUAGCUCCUUGUCCCUGACAUAACAGACACACAAACACACACAGACACACAUAGACACACACACACACACACACACACACACACACAGGGACAUACACCAUGAGUAUUUGUGGGAUUAGUUUGAUAAAAGGGUAGGAAGCUAAAGCUGAAACAAGUGUGAGUUUAAACUCAUUAAUUAAGUGACAAAGAAAUCAAAGUCAGGGAAUCCACAAUCCACUUUCUACUUGUAAAGCCAAACAUCCUCAGCUUUGGAAAUUAGUGAACUAACAUAACAUAUACAACACAUGUUGCUCUUUCCUACUAUCACAGUGUUUAUGGCUUUAUCCCCCAUCUGCUUGUAUCUGUUAGUGUCUAGAAGAUACAUGAAUUUAAAUGACUUUUAUUGUAUAUGUGUAAUUGUCAUCGCAAACAUUAACGAUAGAAACUCAUUUUCAGAUAUAUAGAUAGAAUUAGAAAUAUCUUGUUAAUUUUUUUUCUGUACAACAAAUAAGGAGGCAGACUAUAAGAAACAGAAAUAUAAAAGGAAGAGGUGAACAGGGAUGUGAGGGAGAAAUGGGGAAAGAUUUUUAAAUAUUAGUUAAGAAAACUCAUGCACACACACACACACACACACACACACACACAUACACACACACAUAUUGCUAUACAAUUGUCAGCUUAGGAUUUCUAUUGUUUAACAAAAUCCAUAGACUGACCCCCACACACACACACACAUACACACUAACAAUUAGUAAUUAAUUUGUGUCUAAUUACUUGCAUGGAAAAUUAGACACAAUGUAAGACUUCAUGCCCUUGACUCCUACUGCCUAAUGUACAACCCCAACAGAAACAUGUCACUGCUUCCAUGACAUCUCUUCAGUGUACAAAAUAUAAGGUCUCUGAGCCUGCCAGUACAUACAAUGCCCUGCUACAUGAGAAAUUGUGAUGAGGAAAAAAAUAACAUUGAAUAAACUUGCCAUGUAGUAUGUUAUUUUAACUCAAAUGUCCUUCAUAUACAAAAAUUUUAUUAUUUUUCUAUGCAGUACAAUUGCAAGAGCUUUCACUUUCCAUUUUGCAGGUGAACUCAAAGUGUUUGUAUGGCACAUCGCUAAAUGCCAUUUAUGAAAGAUUUAGCACUGAACAAUAGGAAAGCAAAUCACUUAUGUCCAUUUAGAGAAACGAGAGAAGAAUUCAGAAGCAUGCCUUUUUGCUCUAACACUUUUGCUGAUGCCAAUAAAAAAAUGUAAAAUCCACACUUCAUGUGAAACGUCAUGU